GCGGGGCCGUCGCGGCUUCGCGCAGCAGGCAGGGCGCUGGGGACGGGGCGCUGCGAGCUCCACGACCUCCACCCCCGAUCUCCGCAGCCGGGAGGCGUGGCCUAGCCUUCCUGGCAGCGGAUUGGCCGGCCGGGAUUUUGGGGUCUGUUGCGGCGGCGGCGCACGCAUGGGAGCCCCGGGGGGGGCGCGGCUGUGCGGGAGACGGGCGUGACGCCGGGAAGAUGCUGCUGAGAGUGGAGCGGCUCGGCGCGGCGGAGAAGCAUCGCCUCUGCGGGUACCAGCAGCAGCAGCAGCAGGAGGCGCCAUGAGGAAGCAGCACGCCGCGAACGAGAGGGGGACGGAGCCGGCCGCUUUGCACCCGCAGCAGCAGCAGCAGCGAGGCGCCGGCAGCGGCAGGGUCAUCGCCAAGCUGGCCCAGUAUGUGGGCUCCUUUAUCGUUAAAGACAUGGAACUUCAGCAGCAAGUUCAGGUGAUCCAUCAGCAGCUUCAGCACCUGAAGGACUGUCCUAGACGGCGAUCUGUCGUCCUCAAGUUUUGCCUGCAGGGUCUGAAGAUGUACAGCGCGGAGGGGGAGGCUCUCCUCAUGGCCCAUGCCCUGAAGCGCGUCCUGUGCAGCACUUGGAGGCCCACCGACUGCCAGUUUGCCUUUGUGGCCCGCAACCCCCGCAGCCCCCGCAGCAGCCUCUUCUGCCACUUGUUUGUGGGCAGCCAGCCCAGCGAGGUCCAGAUGCUGCACUUCCUGCUCUGCCGCUCCUUCCAGCUCUGCUACCUCCUGACGCACCCCGAGGACCAAGACUGGCCCCCCAGCGGCUCCACUCAGCAGGAGCCUGGAAGAACGCUUGGAGCCUCUCUGGAUAACCAGGCAACCUGGGAGUCCCUGAAUCCAGAGGAGGUUUCCCAAAAUGUCAACGCGCUGGUGUCAUUCAGGAGGCUUCCAUGUCCUGCUGACUUCGGCCCCUCCCUCAGUGUGAGAGAGAGGCUGGAUUUGGAGGAAAGGAGCAGCCUGGCUAGCUCUCGCCCUGGGAAUCCAUACUGCUCCCCAAUUCUGGUGCGCAAGAAAGCCAUCCGCAGCAAGAUCCUUCGCUCCGGAGCCUAUCGGGGCUGCACCUUUGAGGCUCAGUUGCAGCAAUGUGCCCAGGAAAUGUUUCACACCAGCUGUGAUAGCAAAGGCAGCAGAGGCAGCCUGGUUUACUUGCCGGACAAUGACAGCAGUUUGAUGGAGAACGUAUGGUCCUUUGCAGGCAUUGACAGGGAUGCUGGGAUGGCGCUGCUCAGGAAUGAUGUGAUUGGAGCCUUCCUCCUCUGGGCUGAGCCAGGGUCCGUCAAUCAGUGGUGUCUUACCGUGAGGACACGGUGCGGAAUCAUUCCUUACCAGAUCUACAGGAGCCAGCUUGGGAAGUAUUCUGUUGAGCAUUUGAAUGUGGAGUUUCCCAGUAUGGAAGCCCUGUUGGAUCAUUACUCUGGGAUCCAAGGUGGGCUGUUCUGCUCCCUGGCUGCAGGCCGGAUCAACCACUGUUAUGAGGAGCAAGACUGCAUGGCAGAGGAUGCUUGGAGGGAAGAGCGAAGUCGCCGGCAGUCAUCAUGGCUGCAUGGUACCACUAAAUCUCUGGCUGUGCAGCAGGAAUUGGGCUAAGAAUUCUUUGUUUAGUUUUCCUGCUGUCACAUAGACUUGUGCUAACUUUUUUUGUGGUGUCCAAGCUAUGUUGCACUUUCUCACUUUGGCUAGCUUUCUCGUACUGAUAGGGUAGGGAUUAGCCUCCAUGACAUGGGUCCAACCCCCCCUCCCCCAGUAGAAUAUCAAUGUGAACAGCACUUUUCUAGCCAAAGGGCCCAUUGUGUUGACACCUCUGGCCAACCAACCCCUUUUCCUUGUUAUAGUCAUUCAGGGAUAGAUUUCUCUUCAGCAGUUGAUACCUAAGGCUCCAGUCCUAUACACAUUUAUCAGCCCAUAAGCCCCAUUGAAUUCAGUGGGGCUUACGUCUGAGUAGAUGUGCCUGGGACUUCACUGUCUGUCCCAAUCCCACUAGUGGAAGGCCGUAGCUCAGCAGUAGUGCGCCUGCAUUGUAUGCAGAAGGCCCCAGGCUCAAUCACCAAUGGCAUUUCUAGGUAGAGUUAGGAGAAACCCCGGCCCAAAGCCCUGGCAAGUUGCUGCCAGUCAGUGUAGACAACACUGAGCUAGAUGGACCAACAGUCUCAAUUCUGUUUAAGGCAGCUUCUUCGGUUCCUGUUGUAGUACCUGCAAUGGGGCAUCUUUUGCUGAUAAAACUCCAAAAGAGGCUUUGAGGCUUCAAUUAGAGUGUUGUUUCCUCAGAUUAUUUUUCCUGUUAUGAAUGUUUUCUUUUUAAAAAAAUGUAUUUUUAAAUUUGAGCUUGGGAAGAAAUGAAAUAUGAUGCAAACUACACUGGGAUGUAGUUGUUUUUUAAACGUCCUCAAGAUGAUGUAUUUCUUGCAGUAGGUGUUUCCCUUAAAUCAACAUCCUCUUUAUUUCCACUAAUACUGCUGGUUUAUUGUUUCCUUAUGAGGGUUUUAAGUACCUGCUGCUGUGAGAUUAUUUUGAAAUAGAUCUUUAAAAAAAUGUUAUGUGAGCAUGCAUAUAGACAAAUAAUAUAUAUGAACGGUGAAAAUACAUAACUUAUUUUUAAAUAUGUUUAUAGAUAGAUGUCCUGCAAAAUAUAUUUGUU